GCCGCUCAUCGCGACGGCCCUCCGCCGCAUCGCGAUUAACUCCGGCGGAAAAGCCCCGCUGUGCUUCCGGCGCUGUUCGGGGCGUGUCUGGCCGCGGCGCCACCCGCGUUCUAUGGUCCGCGGCGCUCCCAGGGUCCCCCGCGCCGCGGCCGGUACCCGGGAGAAGCGCGGCGGCGGGCGCCGGCCUGUCCGGGGCCUGUCUUGCCCCGGGGCUGCGCCUGCCCGCGGCCGCCAUGGAGCUGGAGGUGCCUGAGGAGGCGGAGGGCUCGGCCGCGGCGGGUGCCGGUGCCAUCACUCCGGAGGCCGGCGUAGGGGGACCGGACGCGUCAGGAGGUCUGGGCCCAAAGAAAACAGCCAUCACUGAGGGCCCCUCACUGCCAGGACAGCCGGGCCAAGGAAGGAAGAUUGGCCAUCGAAGCGUGGAUGCUUCUGGGGAAACCACCUACAAAAAGACCACCUCAUCCACUCUGAAGGGGGCCAUCCAGCUGGGGAUUGGAUAUACUGUGGGAAAUCUGAGCUCCAAGCCAGAGAGAGAUGUCCUGAUGCAGGACUUCUACGUGGUGGAGAGCAUUUUUUUCCCAAGUGAAGGCAGUAACCUCACCCCGGCUCACCACUACGCCGACUUCAGGUUCAAGACCUAUGCCCCAGUGGCGUUCCGGUACUUCCGAGAGCUCUUCGGGAUUCGUCCAGAUGAUUAUUUGUAUUCGUUAUGUAACGAGCCUCUGAUCGAACUGUCCAACCCUGGGGCCAGCGGCUCCCUCUUCUAUGUCACCAGCGACGAUGAAUUCAUCAUCAAAACUGUGAUGCACAAGGAAGCUGAAUUCCUGCAGAAGCUCCUUCCUGGAUACUACAUGAAUCUGAACCAGAACCCCCGGACACUGCUGCCCAAGUUUUAUGGACUGUACUGUGUGCAGUCCGGGGGCAAAAACAUCCGCGUGGUCGUGAUGAACAACAUCCUGCCUCGAGUGGUGAAAAUGCACCUGAAAUUCGACCUCAAAGGUUCAACCUACAAACGCCGGGCAUCCAAGAAGGAAAAAGAAAAGUCCAGCCCUACAUACAAGGAUCUGGACUUCAUCCAAGACAUGCCUGAGGGCCUGAUGUUGGAUGCAGACACCUUCAGUGCUUUGGUGAAGACGUUGCAGCGAGACUGUCUGGUAUUAGAAAGCUUUAAAAUCAUGGACUACAGCCUCCUGCUUGGGGUUCAUAACAUAGACCAGCACGAGCGGGAGCAGCUGUCGGAGGGAGCACACAGCACGUCGGAUGAGAAGCGCCCCGUGGGCCAGAAGGCCCUGUACUCCACAGCCAUGGAGUCCAUCCAGGGAGGGGCUGCCCGGGGCGAGUCCAUAGACACGGAUGACACGAUGGGAGGGAUCCCAGCAGUGAAUGGCAAAGGAGAGCGUCUCCUGCUGCACGUAGGAAUCAUAGAUAUCCUGCAGUCAUACAGGUUCAUCAAGAAGUUAGAACACACCUGGAAGGCCCUUGUCCAUGAUGGGGACACGGUGUCAGUACACAGACCCAGCUUUUAUGCAGAGAGAUUCUUCAAAUUCAUGACCAACACAGUGUUUCGAAAGAAUUCCUCCCUGAAGUCGUCCCCCUCGAAGAAAGGGCGCAGUGCCUUGCUGGCCGUGAAGACGGCGGGUCCCACGGCGGCAUUCUCAGCCAGCCAGCUGGCCUCCGACAAGGACGACACCCAGUACGACCUGCGGGCGGCCAGGAGCUACCCCACGCUCGAUGAUGAAGGUGCUAAACCUAACCAGGACAGGGAAGAAGCAGGCAGGCCAGACCUGCUCCCUUGCACUCCUCCUUCCUUUGAAGAAGCUACCACAGCCUCCAUAGCCACAACACUAUCGUCAACAUCUCUCUCUGUUCCCGAGCGAUCCCCCUCGGAGACCUCUGAGCAGCCCAGGUACAGGAGGCGUACACACUCCUCAGGGCAGGAUGGCAGGUCACACGAGGAGGUGCGAGUCCAGGAGGAGGUUCAGCAAAUCAGUGUCGAGCUGGAGCCCAAGUGUGACGUUGAGAUUGUAGCUCCUGAAGAAGAAGUCAAAGAAGAGGCAGCUUCUUCAGCCUGUGCCAUUGUCACAUCCACAGCCACCGUAGAGGUGGAGACGGCCAGCCAGGCCUCGGAGCCAGCCAGCCAGGCCUCGGAUGAAGACGAUGUGCCAGUCACAGACAUAUACUUUGCUGCAUUAGGUGAUGCAGUGGGAGUCUAGAGCCAGGGAGUAAGUUGGUGGUUGGCAGCAGAGUGCCGUGAAGCCUGGCGCUGGUCCUCACUCAGCUCCCACAAUGGCUGAGCAACUUCUGCAGACCAGAGAAGAAGUUUUUUAGCAACAUAUACCUGUCCCAUGGAUUCCCAGAGCACAGCUGAGUGCCUGUCCUGUGAGAGCUGAGCUCUCUCUCAUGCCUGGGCACUGGAACCCUCAUUAAAAGAGGUGCAUGGCUCCUCUCUGCUCUGACUCGUUUCUGUUGGUUCUGUGGUGCUGGACACAACCUGAGCCCAUGCAAUGGGCUCCUUUCUAAACUAAAAUGCAGCAUUGGCCUUUCGCUGGGCUCUUGUGACCCUGCUGCAGAGCUGCUCACUCAUUGCCAAGUCACUCUGAGGCUUGUGGGAGCUGUGGAAGGAAUCAGCCCUGUUUUACAGCUUGUUUGGGGUUGGAUGCAUGCUGUUCAAAAUGCAAACGGCUCCUCUAACACUGCCCCCUCCUUGCCUGUGGAUGGCAGCUGUGUGCAGGCAGAUCCUGCCUGCUGCCCUGGCAAGUGUCUUCUAGUGAGGGUCAGCUGCUCUUCCUCCCUGUCCCUGGGCAUAUGAACUGCCCACAGCUUGAGGGACACCUCUGUCCAAGAGAAAAUUCUGCAGAGUGUGUUCACAGUGUGACUGACUGCUCAUCAGCAUUUCAUACUUCAUCUGAGUCUGAGUUUUGCAUUAAAUGUGUGUCGUGUGCUGUGGAGUGUUUAUCACUGCUGGGAUGAAGGGAAAAGCUGAUCUGAGUUCCCAUGGGUGCACUCCUUGGAAAACCACUUGAGCUGGAGCUCAGGUGAGGCUGCGUGUGUGUGCUCAAGUAGCACCACAGCUGCUCCUGCAGGAGUGCUCAGGGGCAGUGGUGGGUGAAGGGAUGGUAUGUGUGCAGAGGAGGAUUUGGCCAGUCUCAGGAGACUGUGAUUUGAUGACUGGAAGUCUGCUCCUGGAGAGCACUUCAUUCUCCUGUUUAUCCCCAGGGAAUUAAAGUGCAGAGUUGUGGCAGGGCAUGGGCGUCGCUCUUCCCUGCACGGCUUUCCCACCUGCUCACUGUUCAGGCCUGGAGUUGCCCAACCCCUUGUUUUUUGCUUUCUCUUUCAUCCUCUCUUUCACAUCACCCUUUUUCUCCUCUGUUUCCUUUCUCACCUCACUUGUCCUGGGGCCACUCAGUUCACAGAUGGGAGGUACUGGAUUUAUUCUCCCCGCCAGCGCAGACUCCGAACUACCUCGCAUUCCUCUGGGAUUGUAAGUGACCACUCCAGCACAACACGUAGGGGAGCAGAGCUGCAGCUUUGAAACACUGGGGCCAGCAUCCCAUUUCUCUCAACAGCUGGGGCUCUGGAUUGAGAGGGCAUUAGGAACCAGCCCAGCAGAAAUUGAAAUUACACCAGUGGAUCUCCUUGUAGAAUCUGAGAGAAUAAUGAGUUCUGUCCCUUUUCUGCAGACUGGUGACACAGCUCCUACCCUGGGAUGGGCUGUAGUGUCACCCUGCCCUUGUGAAAACUGAGAGCAGUGAGGCCCUGGCACAGGUUACCCAGAGAACUUGUGGUUGUCCUCUCUCUGGAAAUGUCCAAGGUCAGAUUGGAUGGGCUUGAAGCAGCCUGGGAUAGUGGAAGAUGUCCCUGCCUGUGGCAAGGGGGAAUAUUAGGUGAUCUUCCAACCCAAACUGUUCUGUGAUUCUUAGUCCAGAUCUGGCCAGAGAGGCAAUGGGUCCUCUAUAGGUGAUGCAAGCUCAGCUCCCUCAGCCCAGGAAGAGGGUUUUAAAGGCACUAUUAAGAUGUUUUGAAGGCACUAUUAAGAUGUCUUGGCUUGUGGGGAGCAGCUCAUAAACUAAAUGAGGCAGGAGCUGGUGCUGAGUUAGGGCUGGUUUCAGCUCUCCAGCCCUUCUCAGCAUCACCAGUGUGCUCCCUCCUUACUGAAGGUCUUCUAUGAGCAGGGAGGAUUUUCCUUUUCAAAAGAUGCAGGGAGGCAUUUGAGCAUUUAGGGGCUGAAUCUAGAGCUGAGAUUGUUCUGGAGUUUAGCAUUUACCUUCUCAUGCUUUGGGAGAGCUGCUGUCCCCAGGGUGUGGUGGCAGUGCUGCCAGAGCCUCGCUGGUGCAGCCUGGUGCUCCCAUUUAGGUUACAGGCAGGGUGCAUGGGGAAGCAGGGGCAGGAUUGUGCCUCUGGCUGUUGCUGAUUGGCAUGAGGAAGGUGCUACUGGGCAAACAGGCAACACCUCCUGCAGCCCCUCCUGCCCCCAGCUGGGUUUGGCUGCUCUGGCACCAAGCAAUGGGUGCUCCUUUAUCUCCCACAGCUCCCUGCAUGCAUCAAAGCUCCUAAAAGGCUCUCAAAGAGACUGGCUGGAGCAUGUGAUUCAGUCAGGAUGGAUGAACCUUCAUGAAUGAAAAA